AUAUUGUUGACGUAUUCGACUUGAAGAAAGCAAGAUGUCUACUGCUUUUGUGCUGUGUGCAAAUAAAAAAUAAGCGUGAUAUAAAAAAAAACAUUUCCAAUUUUCAUUUAGUGCUUAUUUAAUGUGGAAUGCUUAGAUGAAUUGUAUAAAACUGUUAAUGCUUAUAAGUGAAUUGAGUGGUCAUUUAUCAGCGCUUUAACUUUAAUGUACGUAUGUGGUGUAUUUUAAAGCCAGAGGAAAUAUUUGUGAUUGCAAGUCUGACAAAUGGUUCCAAAUAUCUCCAAAAUCAAGCCAUUUCAUAAUUCGUCGUAAUUGAAUAAAAUACUUUUUAUCACAUCAAGAAUCGAUGCAGAAUAUUAUUUUUUAAAACUACGGGUCAUGCUGAGAAUAAGAUUCAAAAUGAGUCCUUCAAUAAGAAACAAGGAGUGGACCUGUUGCUUUGGUUUGCAUGUUCGCACAACAACCAUUAUAAUCGGUGUAUGGCAUUUGUUUCUCAACGUGCUUGCCCUUGGAAUUCUUUCCGUGAUAAUCAGAACGAAUAACUAUCAUCUUUUGCUCAAUGAUUUGAAUGAAAAUGAAAAUAACGAAAAUGAUCAAUUUGCACCAAUAUUACCAACACCUCUCAGUAAAGUUGAUCCACCGUACGCCUAUCGUGAUAAUUUCCAGCAGACUGGAUUUCAUAGUAAUGAUGUUGAUAUGAGCGGAAGUGGACUAGUUUUCCUGUGUAUGAUUGCCGUUACUUUGAUGUUGAUUUACGGCGCGGUCAAGGGAAAACCUUCUCACUUGUUGCCCUUCUUUUGUUUACAGAUAUUUGACUUCGUAAUUGCUACUCUUACAGCUGCUGGUCAUUUGUGUUAUAUUCGCUCGAUGCACCUCUGGAUAACUGAAAGUCCAAACCGUCUACCUUGGAGGGAGGAAUUGAUCAAAUUGAAUCCACAAACAUUGUCAGUACUCGUCUUAAUUGGAUUCAUUCUCUUUAUAUUCCUGAAAGCUUAUGCGAUUGGGAUAGUUUGGCGUUGUUAUAAAUUUCUAACACUCAGACAGCAAAAUCUGCGUUCUAUGUUGCCUUACAUUAUCCCAAAUACAUCAAACACUACGAACAUGCAAGGGGGAUGCGACAACAAUUCUCUCCUGCCUGGCUAUGAUGAAGCAAUUGCCCAAAAUUUGAAACAAGCGCCACCUCCAUCCUAUAUGAUCGCCAUGGCUAUGAACAAUAAAAUUAUUGAAACUGCUUCGCGUGAACCAAUAGUGAUAGAAGAAACGGUUGAUUUCAAUAACGCCGGCAGUGUCAAUUGUGAUCCUCCACCAUACAACGUUAUUGAUAAUGGCACAGCACAAGAACAAAUAACAACUGAUACAAAUGAGUCGGCUGUCGUUGCAGAACCUUCAUCGCAAUCUUCGCCGACUAAAUGAAUUGAAUAAUUACAUGUAUAUAUAUAUAUAUAUCUAUAUAUCUAUGGCACGGCACAACGGAUCGAUGUCCUUUAUGAAUUCAUACGCUGAUAAAAUAUAUUAAUAAGGUUACAACACUUCGUGUGUGAACGCUCCCGGAGGUCAACAGUUUUUGACGUAGGACUACGUCUUUCAUUUCUGUACCGGGAUACAAAUACAAUAGAGAGAAGAAAACGUUUGAAGCAAUGAUAUGCAGAAACAACUCGAUUACUAUAAAACUCAGACGGUGCUAUUAGGGAUCAAAUCACAACUUGACUCAGCAUCACCAACAAUGGACGAUAAAGCGAGAUUUAUGAAGUUCCAGCCAGAAUAUGUAAUUGCAGAUGACACCAUCGCUACUGGGCUAGAUGAUUCGGAUGCCAUGGGAGAAGAAAUAUUUGGAAAUAAGACAUAUACUUACGAACCGAAAAUGACAGAUGAUUCUAAUAUUGGGAGUAUCAGUCAGCUUCGAUUUGAUUAACAAAAUUCAAUAUCUGAAAGAACAGAUUAUUCAGGGAGUGUAAAAAAUCGAUUCGUGGCCGAACUUAAAUCGUAAUGUAAACUUCGGAAUGAACCAGGUCAAAAGUGAAAGAUAUAAUCUUCAAAAAACUGAUGAAAAAAUGGUUGUUUUGUGUAGAAAAAUAAAAAAAA